AACUUGAUUUCUACACCAAUAAUUACUUUAGCAUGUCCCGCUGGACUGUAUGGUCCAAAUUGUGCCUUUGAAUGCUCUUGUCAAAAUAGUGCCGAGUGCAAUGCCAAAGAUGGUUCUUGCAUCUGUCCCCCUGGAUUUUAUGGAGCGAGUUGUAGCGAAGUUUGCCCCUCUGGUCGCUACGGUACGGAUUGUAUGAAACUCUGUGAUUGUCAAAAUGGAGCAAUCUGCAGUCCGGUGGAUGGUAAAUGCGAAUGCCGACCUGGAUGGAUGGGUGAAAAUUGCGAAAAACCUUGUGAGCAAGGUUUUUACGGAAAGGACUGUUUGAAACGAUGCGAUUGUGCGGAUAGUAUGCACUGCGAUCCAUCAGAUGGCGAAUGUAUUUGCCCACCUGGAAAAAGAGGAGCCAAGUGCGACCAAGGAUGUCGAGGAAUAUGCGCAUGUGCUAAUGGUGCAGCUUGCGAUGGCGUUACUGGAGCGUGCACUUGCACCCCUGGCUGGCGUGGGAAGAGGUAA